CCGUCAAGCGCAACCACCUCGCGACCGCGCUCCGCAAGGCGCUCCGCAAGAUCUUGAAGUCCCUCGACGACGCGGACUUCACGCGCAUCAACAAGCUCAACAUCGGCUUCACGGGCCUGAUCCACGGCCCGAAGAUGGCCGUCAAGUUCCUGGGCCACAACAGCCAGCUCCUCGACCGCGUCUCCGCGCUCCACCACAGCGGCCAGAGCUUCGCGGCCAUCGCGCGCCUCGGCGCGAACGUCGACGCCUCGGUCGCCUGCCCCGUCUUCGCCGACCUGGAGUUGGCGCUGGCGAGCGGGCCAAAGGUGGGCUUCGUCGGCGAGUACAACGCCCGGUGGCUCGCCACGCGCGCCGCCGCCCUCCUCGGCCUCCGCUGCCCGGCGCAGGCCCGGACGACCUGGCGCGAGGCGACGCGCGUCCUCGGCGUCCUCGGGAAGGGCGAGGACGACGGCAUCAAGACGCUCAAGGCCCGCGGCGAGACGCCCCUCACCGUCCUCGAGGCGGCCGG